AACAGCCUUAUUCUGUUAUUAUAAUUUUUAAUGAGAUCACAGGAAGACAGUCUCUAAAACUGCAGUAUCCACAGUAGGCACAUGUGGGUAUUGAGCGCUUGAGAUGAAGGUUCCUGGAAUUGAGAUCUGCUUCAAGCAUAAAAUACACACUAAGUUUCAAAGACUUAAUGCCAAAAAAUAAGAAAUGGAACAAGAGCCACAAGACGGAGAACCUGCUGAAAUUAAGAUCAUCAAGGAAGCAUACAAGAAGGCCUUUUUAUUUGUUAAUAAAGGACUGAAUACAGAUGAAUUAGGUCAGAAAGAAGAAGCAAAGAACUACUAUAAGCAAGGAAUAGGGCACUUGCUCAGAGGAAUCAGCAUUUCAUCAGCAGAUCCCGAACACAUAGGUCCUGGGUGGGAAUCUGCUAGACAGAUGCAACAGAAAAUGAAAGAAACGCUACAGAAUGUACGUACCAGGUUGGAAAUUCUAGAGAAGGGUCUUGCCACUUCUCUACGGAAUGAUCUUCAGGAGGUGCCCAAGUUAUAUCCAGAAUUUCCGCCUAAAGAUAUGUCCGAAAAGUCACUGGAGCCUCAGUCCUUUAAUUCACUUCCUCAGCACAAUGAAGUAAAUGGAAACACUUCAACUACAAGUACAGAAUCAGUUUCUACACCUAGUACUUUUUCCUCACCAUCUCAAAGUCAUCCAUCAGAAGCACCUCCUGCUUAUACUCCUCAGGCUGCUGAGGGUCACUACACUGUAUCCUAUGGAACAGAAUCUGGGGAGUUCUCAUCAGUUGGGGAAAACUUUUAUAGGAAUCAUUCUCAGCCACCUCCUCUUGAGACCUUAGGGCUAGAUGCAGAUGAGUUGAUUUUGAUACCAAAUGGAGUACAGAUUUUUUUUGUAAAUCCUGCAGGGGAGGUUAGUGCACCUUCAUAUCCUGGGUACCUUCGAAUCGUGAGGUUCUUGGAUAAUUCUCUUGAUACAGUUCUAAACCGUCCUCCUGGGUUUCUUCAGGUUUGUGACUGGUUGUAUCCUCUAGUUCCGGAUAGAUCUCCAGUUCUUAAAUGUACUAUAGGAGCCUACAUGUUUCCUGAUACAAUGUUACAAGCAUCAGGAUGCUUUGUGGGGGUCGUCUUGUCUUCUGAAUUACCAGAAGAUGAUAGAGAACUCUUUGAGGAUCUUUUAAGACAAAUGUCUGACCUUCGGCUCCAGGCCAACUGGGACCGGGCAGAAGGAGAAAAUGAAUUCCAAAUCCCUGGAAGAUCAAGAUACCCCUCUAACCAAUUGAAGGAAGCCAGUGGCACUGAUGUGAGACAGUUGGACCCAGGCAGUAAGGAUGUGCGUCAUAAGGGAAAACGGGGGAAAAAGACCAAAGGUACUUCAAGUGAAGAAGUUAAUCUGAGUCACAUUGUACCUUAUGAGCCAGUUUCAGAAGAAAAAGCAAAGGAAUUACCUGAAUGGAGUGAGAAAGUGGCUCAAAACAUUUUGUCAGGUGCUUCCUGGGUGAGUUGGGGUUUGGUCAAAGGUGCUGAGUUUACUGGCAAAGCCAUCCAGAAAGGCGCUUCUAAACUCCGAGAACGGAUUCAACCAGAAGAAAAACCAGUGGAAGUUAGUCCAACUGUGACCAAGGGACUUUAUAUAGCAAAACAGGCUACCGGAGGAGCAGCGAAAGUCAGUCAGUUCCUGGUUGACGGAGUUUGUACUGUAGCAAAUUGUGUUGGAAAGGAAUUAGCUCCACAUGUCAAGAAGCAUGGAAGCAAACUUGUUCCAGAAUCUCUUAAAAAAGACAAAAAUGGGAAGUCUACCCUGGAUGGUGCUAUGGUUGUAGCAGCAAGCAGUGUUCAAGGAUUUUCAACUGUCUGGCAAGGAUUGGAAUGUGCAGCUAAAUGCAUUGUUAAUAACGUUUCAGUAGAAACUGUACAAACUGUCAGAUACAAAUAUGGGCAUACCGCAGGAGAAGCUACACACAAUGCAGUAGAUUCUGCCAUCAAUGUUGGUGUAACUGCCUAUAAUAUUGACAACGUUGGCAUCAAAGCAAUGGUGAAGAAAACUGCAAAACAAACGGGACACACGCUGCUUGAGGACUAUAAAAUUGUUGAUAAUUCUAAGGGGGAAAAUCAAGGAGGAGGAGCAAGUGUAAACAUGAAAGAGGCGAAAGAUGAACAGAGAGAGGCACUAGAGAAGGAUGGGGCAAAGAAGAAAGAUAAAUGAUGGAAGUGCUAUGAAUUGUCUAUACCAAAGCCUUACAGAUGGAUGCAAUUUUGUUAAAUGGCAAAUGUGGAAUUCCCUACAGAUUAACCAGGAUUUUUAAAAUGUAUUCAUUCCUACAAAGUGACUAUUUCAUAAGCUUUAUGUCAUGUAUUCUACUUCUAAGGAAAAGAAUCAGUAUUCUUGCAUCUGGCCUUUAGAAAUACAGUUACAUUCUCUGUGAGUUGAUUUUUUUCUAAAUGUGGCUAAAAUAUUUUUGCAGUUAAAAUAAGACUAAUAAUAGAUGUGCUAUAAAUCUCAUUAAACCUAACGUUAAACUAUUUUUGUAUUUGCUGUCUUUCAGAAAGCAAAGUAGGAAAUUAUAUAUUUACCUAAAAUUUGGCAUUUAGUAACCUUAGUUAUGUUUGUACUGGGAAUGAAUGCUUUAAACAUUGUUUCCUCUUUUUGCACUAAUUGUGGAUUUUUUUUUAGGUGCUUGUGAGAAUUUUCAGUGUGUAAGCUAAACAAAAACUGUAACCCUAAAUGAAAAGAAUUCUUGUAUAACAUUUAAAAGACUUUUUCAAAACAAGGAGUAGACUAAUCAUGAAAAAUAAAAUGAGGUUCUAUAAAAUCAUUUGGUAGCUUCUCUCUUUGUUAGGAAAUGGAAUGGUCUUUUUGAUUUUAAAUGAAUACAAAUAGAUUUUUAAGUCUUCUAGAUUUAGCCUGUUAUUGAUCUGUUAGGAGCCUGGGAAAUUUGGGGGUAUGGUUGGUAUUGUGUCAAAAUUCAAAGUGAUUAUUAUCAGCUUAAUUGGACAAAAAUGUAAUCACUUUACCGUGUCUACUUCUGUAAGUUUUGCCAAAAGGCUGAAAUUUAGUAAAAACUAAAAUAUAAACAGUUGAGUUUAUGUAUGAUAAAUAAUUUUUAUUUUGGGAUUCAGUCAUUGGAAUUUUAUAUAUUAAAAAGCCAAUAAAUUAAAUUAUUAGAAAGGUUUUACUCAUAAUUAAGGUAAAGAAUGUGAAGACUUUAGGCUUUAAUCCAUGGUGGCUAGGCAUAACAGUGUCCACUUUGGCAGAAGAGAGGAUAUUCACAGACCUAUAAGCUACAAAUAUGUAAGUAAAAUAGCUAGUGGCAUUUUAUUUUUAUUUAAUGAUUUUAAAAGAUUGGUAUUGGUUUUCUUAGUAUAGUCCAUUUUAAUAUUUCUGAAACUCCAAUUGCUAUUUAGUUUAUUAGGCUUUAUUUGAAACUAUAUAAAGAAUGCACUUUGUGAAUAAACUGUCUGAUUUACUUGGCCUCAAAUGUAUUCAUGGGUUUGUAUUUCAGGGACACAGAAUUGGUGGAGCCUUUCCCUAGGGCCAAGGAUAAUGUACUAGUUAAAAUGGAAAUAAAAUUGAAUUGGUAAAUAGCUUCCA